GUACUAUAUUUAAAGGUCAAAUGUUAUCACUCUGUGUACUGGAUAUAAUGAAUUAACCCCCGCGAAGAAGUAGUCUUUCGUUUACGCGCAUCGAGAUAUUCUAAUCGUGCAUUAAAAAUCAUACGCUUUUACUCAUAAAUAUAUAAAGUGUUAGUGAAUAGCAUAAAGUAUUUAACAUCUCCAUUUAACUUGAGUAGCACCUGUUGCUUCAGUAUUGUAUUCUUUAGACACUAUGCAGGAUACUGUUUUGAUUAUUGGUGGUGGAGGUAGAGAACAUGUUAUCGCUUGGAAACUUUCACAGUCUCCACAUGUAAAUAAGAUUUAUGUUUCUCCUGGAAAUAGUGGGAUCGCGUUACUCAAUAAGGUCUCCUUGAUAAAAUUAAAUGUGAAAGAUAAUAAGGAGAUAGCACAAUGGAGCAAAGAAAAUGGUGUAAAUUUGGUAGUUGUUGGCCCAGAAGAAUAUUUAGCAAAUGGACUAGCAGAUGAAUUAAAAAAUGUGGGAAUUAGUUGUUUUGGUCCACAAAAGGCAGCCUCUAGAAUUGAAGCAGACAAAUAUUGGGCAAAAGAGUUUAUGGACAGGCACAAAAUCCCUACUGCAAGAUGGAAAGGAUUUGUGGAUGCUGAAGAAGCAAAGAAAUUUGUUAUAAAUGCACCAUUUCCAGCACUGGUAAUAAAGGCUUCAGGUUUAGCAGCUGGAAAAGGUGUUAUAGUAGCGAAAGAUCAACAAGAAGCAUGUAAGGCAAUAGAUGAAAUCUUAACAGACAAAAAAUUUGGAUCUGCUGGAGAAUCAGUAGUUGUAGAGGAACUACUAGAAGGAGAAGAAGUUUCUGUGCUUGCAUUUACAGAUGGAAAAACUGUUGUACCAAUGGCACCUGCACAAGAUCAUAAAAGAAUAUUUAAUGGAGAUAAGGGACCAAAUACUGGUGGCAUGGGUGCUUAUUGUCCAUGUUCAUUAUUAAAUAAAACAGAUUAUGAUGCAGUGAAAUCAAAUGUUCUUCAAAAAACAAUUGAUGGUCUUAGAGAUGAACAAAUUCCAUUUAUUGGUGUAUUAUAUGCUGGAUUAAUGUUAACAAGAGAUGGACCAAAAGUUCUAGAAUUUAACUGUAGGUUUGGUGAUCCAGAAACACAAGUAGUACUACCACUACUAAAGUCAGAUUUAUUUACAAUUAUGAAGGCUUGUUGUGAGGGUUCUUUAGUUGAAUCUCAAGUUAUAUGGCAAGAAGGUGUAUUUGCUGUUGGUGUUAUUUUGGCUUCUCGAGGAUAUCCAGCAUCAUCGUCAAAAGGCCAAGUUAUAACAGGUGUCGAUAACAUUUUGAAUAAACCAAAUCAUUUUGUUUUUCACAGUGGAACAAGUAUUUCACCUGAAGGAGAAUUACUAACUAAUGGAGGGAGAGUUUUAAUUACUGUAAGUUUAGCACCUUCUUUAGCUUUAGCUGCUGCUAAAGCAACGUAUGCCGCGCAAAGCAUAUCAUUUGAAGGAAAACAAUUUAGAACAGAUAUAGCACACAAAGGAAUUGCAAGAUCUAUUUUACAUCACGGAAAAUUAACAUAUAAAAGUAGCGGCGUUGAUAUAGCAGCUGGGGAUUCAUUAGUUUCAGCUAUAAAACCAGUGACUUCUUCAACUCAACGUUUGGGUACAUUGGGGUCAAUUGGUAGUUUUGGUGGUUUAUUUGAUGUAAAAGCUGCUGGCUAUAAAGAUCCUAUUUUAGUAUCUGGUACUGAUGGUGUUGGUACCAAAUUGAAGCUAGCAUUUGAAUGCAAUAAACAUGACACAAUAGGAAUAGAUUUAGUAGCGAUGUGUGUAAACGAUGUUCUUGCACACAAUGCCGAACCAUUAUUCUUUCUCGAUUACUUUGCUUGUGGCAAACUAAAUGUUGAUGUUGCGCGAAAUGUUAUAAGUGGAGUUAGUGAAGGAUGUAAAAGAGCUGGAUGUUCAUUAAUCGGCGGCGAAACAGCCGAAAUGCCUGACAUGUAUUCCAGCGGAGAAUACGAUUUAGCAGGGUUUGCUGUAGGCGCAGUUGAAAGAAAUAAUCUACUUCCGCGCACUAAUGAUAUAGAAGAAGGUGAUAUUGUAAUUGGUCUUCCAUCAAGUGGAGUGCACAGCAAUGGAUUUAGUCUUGUGCGGAAAAUACUAAAGUUGGCGAAUAAAAAAUACUCAGACAUAGCACCUUUUUCAAAAAAUAAUCGCACGAUUGGCGACGAAUUGUUAGAACCAACAAAAGUUUAUGUAAAAGGAGUAAUACCAGUUUUACGAACAAAUUUAGUAAAAGCGUUUGCGCAUAUUACUGGAGGAGGUCUCACAGAAAAUAUACCAAGAGUUUUACCAGAAAAUAUGGGUGUUGUGUUAGACGCAACAACAUGGGAAAUUCAACCAAUUUUUGGUUGGCUAGCAGCUGUUGGCGGAAUUAGUAAAGAAGAAAUGUUGAAAACAUUCAAUUGUGGUAUUGGCGCCAUUUUAAUUUGUUCAAGUAAACAUAAAAAUGAAGUUUUACUUAAACUACAAGCAGAAAAUCCCAAAGUUAUUGGAUAUACAAGUAGUUAUAAAGACAGUAAAAUUAGGGUAAAUGUUAAGAACUUUGAAGAAGCAAUAGAAUUAGAAAUGAAACAGUAUGUACCAGAUAUUGUUUCAAGCUUAAGUAAACCUUUGAAGAGAGUAGGUGUUCUCAUAUCUGGUAGCGGAACCAAUUUGCAAGCGUUAAUUGAUGCGACUCAAGAUUCAUCGCAACAUAUUGGCGCUGAAAUUGUUAUAGUAAUAUCCAAUAAACCGAAUGUGGAAGGACUUAAACGAGCUGAAAGAGCUGGCAUUAAGACAGUGGUCAUCAAACAUACUGAUUAUCCUACCAGAGAAGCUUUCGAUGCAGCAAUGAAUGUAGAACUUGACGCUGCCGGAGUUGAGAUAGUUUGUCUUGCUGGUUUUAUGCGUAUUCUGUCAGAUAGUUUUGUUAAUCGAUGGCGUGGCAGUUUAAUAAACGUACACCCUUCGUUGUUACCAUCAUUUAAAGGGGCUCAAGCACAUAAAGAUGCUUUAGCAGCUGGAGUACGUGUUUCAGGCUGUACAGUACACUUUGUUGAGAUUGACAUAGAUUCUGGGGCAAUUAUUGAACAAGCAGCAGUACCUGUAUUACCAAACGAUACCGUAGAAUCUCUUCAGGAACGAGUGAAAACGGCGGAGCAUCGUGUUUUUCCUCUUGCUUUGAAACAUUUGGCUACCGGAAGAAUACAACUGAAAGAAGAUAAUUCAAUCGUGUGGAAUUUUUAAACUCAAAGCGUGGUUUCAUUAUUUCGGAAGAAAUAAUUCUUACUCAUUUAUUAUUUAUCUCCUAAUUGUUGAAGAUAAAUUGCUAACACAAUUCUGAAAAGUACAUAUCACUGUUCACGGAUGUUUUCUAUUGAAAAUCGAAAAUAUCAUGUCAAGUAUACUAUUGUCACUUUUGUUAACAAUAAAAUUAGAAUCUUUAUUUUUUGAAUGAGAA